AUGAACCUGGAUCCAUCUAGCAGCACUGAGAUGAUGAGUUGCCAACAUUUGCUGUUUGAAGUGAUCUUUCCGUAUAAUAACAGCCUUAACGAUUAUUUGGCCUUGCUUACAUUCCAGUUUAUUGUGUACAUAGUUAAGAGGAAUACAACUCAAGAAUAUGACAUGGUGAUCAAUGGUGAUUUUUCCUUAAAGAAUGAAGACUGUAAUGCAAACCUGAAAACCACAGGACAAUGCCACAGCAGACAUUACAUUUACACUAAGACCAGAGGGAAAAAAGGACUACACCAAAAGGUGCUGGCUAACACAUACGAUUUUACUCUGGAAAAGAAGGUUCUAGAAUGGCUGCGAGACUGUUCCCUACGAGAGCCUCCAAGGCUUACACCAACAUGUCCACCAUUUUGGCUCGCAUUUUCCGAUCUUGAGGAAGAGGAUAAAGGUGACAUGAAUAAUAAUUCCCAGCAUGCUAAAGUUCAAAAUGACCACAUGAUUUUGCAGACCAAGAGGUUCAGAAGUUUCAGUGUGACAGACAUUAAAUAUGUUCGCUCUAAACCUGUAUACAAGUCAGACUCCGAAAGUGACGAUGGAUACUCGGAGGAUGAUGAGCUCUCAUCCUCUGAUGAAAACGAAAAGCAGAGGUUUCCUUCAGUGCCACAUCUCAGGAACAAAUUUAAUCUUCAUUCCAGAUUGCUAGAUGGGAGACCAGCCUCAUCCCCUUUCUGUUUGGAUAGCCCUUCCAGAAGCCGACAGUGUGAGAGAUGUCUUAGUGCCAGCUUAACCCGACUCCCUCAUAUCUCUAGCCAUAGGUCGUCUCCUCGUUGCAACAAUGCCGAUGAUGAGGAAGAUGUUCAGAGGCUUGGAUCAAGCUGGUCACAGGGACAUACACCAAGAAAACUUUGUAGAAAAUCUCUCUGUCAGCACCAAAACAAUAGAAAUGGGAAGAAUAUGAACUCAGAGCAAAUUAUGAUUGGAAGUCCACCAUUAUCAUCUGCACGAUGUCACCUGGAAAGGUCGUUGAUGUUCAGAGCAAGAAUUCCACUCAGAAAACACAAAUCACCGCUUUCGACCCUCAGUAAGCAUUCCUGCCUUCCGGCGCCUCCGUCAACUCCAAGACCUUUAUAUUCCCACAAAAUUCUCCCAGACUCUACUGCUGACCUACUACUGGCACUGAGUCAAAAAGAGCAGGACCUCAUCCAGCCACUGAUGAGACAGGGCUAUCCGAUAAGCAGAGUGAUUUGGGCGAUCCAGAAUGUGGGACAACAAAGCAGAAAGCAGAUCCUCAAGUAUCUGAGUGCCUGGGACCGUCUCUGUAAAGAGGGCUAUAAGGAAAGACUUGUCGAAGAAGCCAUGGAGUUCUUUCAGAAUUCAGAGGAAAAGGCAGCAGAAUUUUUGACAUUAAUGACACAGUUCGAUGAGAUGGGUUUUCAGCACGAUGAUAUUAAGGAAGUUCUCCUCAUCCACAACAACCAUCGAGAAAAAGCAUUGGAGGAACUUAUGACCCGUGCCCGAUAGUUGGAAAAAGUUCCGAUUCUACCUGCUGUGGUUUUUGUAUUGCACAGUUAAGCAGUCUCAUCCCUGACCGUCCUAGAUGUGGCAUUUGUUUAUUUUUAUCCUUUUGUGAAGUAUUUGAAAAUGUAUCUGUCCUAAUGCAAAAUAGUGAGAGAUUGCACAGCUCUGAUGUGCAGUGGAAUCUGGGUGUCCUAGUGCAUGAAUAGCGAAAGGCCUAUUUGCAGGUAGGGAAGGCUAAUAAAA